GAGGCGACAAAAUAAAGUCACGUGAUCCAAAAUGGGCAGUCCUCUGACGGUGCUGAAAAAAGCCAUUUUCUGGCGCUGCUGCAAAUUCUGUCCAAGUCCAAAUAAUUUACCUGGAUCCUGGUUGGGAGGAGAGGGAAACUUUUAUGUCUAAUCAGAUCUGUCCAGAUGGAUAAGAUGCAGCCCAACCGGAUUAAAAUCACAGAUCUGAAUCCACACCUCACAUGUCCACUGUGCGCUGGUUACUUAAUUGAUGCUACAACCAUCGUAGAGUGCCUGCACUCCUUUUGUAAGACUUGCAUCGUUGCCUUUCUGGAGACAAACAAAUUCUGCCCUCGAUGUGACGUCCAGGUUCACAAGACAUGCCCUCAGCUCAGCAUCAGAGCGGAUAAAACUCUACAAGAUAUUGUUUAUAAGCUUGUUCCGGGGUUAUUCAAAGAUGAGAUGAAACGGAGGCGGGACUUCUACGCAGAAAAUCGUGUACUGGAACCAGGGGAAGUGGUGGAGACGUUUAACAUAGCAGAGGAUGAAAUCAUCAGUCUGUCCAUACAGUUCUAUGAGAGGAAUAAAAAUAAUGAGAGGCAGCACUCGGAGAUGGAAGGAGACAAGUCCAAUGGUAAACGCUUCCUGCAGUGCCCAGCAGCUAUGUCCGUCAUGCACUUAGCAAAAUUCCUCCGAAGCAAGAUGGAUAUUCCCAACAACUAUCGGGUGGAGGUGUUGUAUGGAGAUGAACCCUUGAAGGACUACUACACACUAAUGGAUAUUGCGUACUUCUAUGAGUGGAGACGGACUGGGCCAAUCCCCCUGCAGUAUCUGGUCAAGCCCACCCGGAAGCGCAGGAGGCCGUCUCAGUCAGCUGCCCAGGGCCACUCUGACGGCGUCAACACCAGCCCGACGUCAGAGAGCGACUCCCAGAGCGACAAAGUUCACAGUCCUGCUGCAGCCCAGCCGCCCCGAGCCACGUCGCAGUCCAGCCCUGCGUGUCACGACCUCUCUCCUGCCAUCCAAAGCUCCAACGGUACCACUGUGCCCAACAACACUCGGCGACACACCCUCACCUCCAAACAGGGCGCCAACGCUCGGAAAGUGACUGUCAACGGCACGAGCUCUGUGGCCGGCAAGGAGGAGGCGAGGGGUGCCGACAAAAGCGGUUUGCCUCCGACAACCUAAUGCGUAUACAGAGCAGCAGGGAGGACAGUGUUUGAAUUGCUCCCUUCUUUCUUUCCACAGAGCAAAAAGACGAGCUCAAGCCGUCUUCCGUCUGGACAAAUGGGAGGCAGAUCCCUGCUAUUAUCUCUCAGCAGGAAAGACUGAAAAGUGCAGCCAAAUAGACACUUGUGCGUGUGUGUGUGCGUGUGUGUGUUUAUGUGUGUUAGACUAGAACAGUGCACACAUACAAACUGUAUAGUAUGUAUCAAAUGUGAGCAUGUGUGCAUACAUAUGUAUAAACUUAUCUUUUAUACAAGA